UCCGUUCCGAACUCCCACGGAGGUCUUUUAUGCGUUGGCGAGAGAGGGAGGGGCUGGCUUACUUCAACUGAACGGGAAGUGAUGUUACAUUGUGAAGAGUGUUAAUGCAACAAAUGCAUCAAACAGGUUUAGUCAACUCAAUUUAGUGAGCUCUUUUAAGAAAUCAACCAAUUGUCAUCGCUUUUGAUAGGGCGCUUCUACACGAAACACCAAGGAAUAAAGUGAAGCGCAGACACUGGUCUGAAAUAAGCACUCACUAUGUCUGAUGGGGACUAUGAUUACCUCAUCAAAUUCCUAGCCCUUGGUGAUUCUGGAGUGGGGAAAACCAGCUUUCUCUACCAGUACACAGACAAAAAGUUUAACUCCAAAUUCAUCACUACAGUGGGCAUUGAUUUCAGAGAAAAACGAGUGGUAUACAAAUCAAAUGGUCCAGACGGGGCAGCAGGCAGAGGACAGAGGAUUCAUGUUCAGCUGUGGGACACGGCGGGACAGGAGAGGUUUCGGAGUUUGACAACAGCUUUCUUCCGAGAUGCGAUGGGCUUCCUCCUCCUGUUUGACCUCACCAAUGAGCAGAGUUUCCUCAAUGUCAGAAAUUGGAUGAGCCAAUUACAGAUGCAUGCUUACUGCGAGAAUCCAGACAUUGUACUCUGUGGCAACAAGUGUGACCUGCAGGAGCAGAGGGCAGUCCGUGAAGAUGAGGCCCGUGAGCUGGCAGAGAAGUAUGGGUAUGUGUCCCUUACCUGUGCCUAACCCUCCCUGAAACAUUUGCCAAGAAGGCAGUGGCUGAUGUGUGUUUACACAAGACUGUGCAGGGGAAUCUCGAACGAUUCUAAAUGUUAGGCUAGGUUGGUCCUUCUGGAAAGGCAAAUAUUUACACACCCAUGUAAAGUAUCCUGCUUGUGACCUGAAGAUACACAUUUAGUGAAUACAAAGGGAUUAUAUAUGGACCUCCUAUGUUUUGCUAAAUCUAACAAAUGCACCAUAUUUGGGGUCAAAAGCCAUGUUGUAAGAGACUAUGGCCUUUAUUU